AUGAAGAAGGUAAUGAUCCCUUCGUUGGAUAUGAAAAAGAGCAUUUCCGUGAAGGUAGAUAGUGAUCUGACAUUGCUGCUGUCGAGUGGAGUGUACGAAAUCAAGAAGAUGGAGCCCCGCUGGAGGCUCCGGCGACCGAUCAUCAUCGUGUGUCUGUUUCUCACCAUCGCCGGCAUCAUCGGAUUCGGGUACUACUGUCCAGAUCAGGUGUGUGCCCUGUCACGCCGGGACGUCAGUUCAUCGGGCGGUCUCGGAAUGGCCGGUGGUGGAGGCACCGGCCUGGAAUCCGGGGCUGCUGGCUACGAACAUGACAACCUCGGCAAGCCGGUCCAGCAGAACUUGUUGGCGAAUCCGGGCCUCAGCUACGAGGAGGUCCUGAACGACGACUUCCAGUUCGACAUGAACGCGCACGACGUGAUGGUGUUCCUGCACAUCCAGAAAACUGGCGGUACCUCCUUCGGCAAACAUUUGGUGCGUGAUCUGGAUCUGAAGCGUCCAUGCACCUGCCAGCGUAAGAAAAAGCGCUGCUAUUGCUUCCGGCCACACCGGAACGAAAACUGGCUGUUUUCGCGCUACUCAACCGGCUGGAAGUGUGGCCUGCACGCAGACUGGACCGAGCUGACCGGCUGCGUUGACCAGGAGCUGGAUAAGAACGAGGGUGAAACGGCAAAAAGGCGCUACUUCUACAUCACGCUGCUGCGCGAACCGAUCGCACGCUACCUCUCCGAGUUCCGGCACGUGCAACGUGGAGCCACGUGGAAAAAUGCGCGCCAUUGGUGCCUCGGACGGCAUGCCACGGCCGACGAACUGCCGCCCUGUUACAACGGUGCCAACUGGAAUGGCGUGGCGCUGGACGAGUUCGCCGGAUGUGAGAGCAACCUGGCCGCGAACCGGCAAACGCGCAUGCUUGCCGAUCUGGCCCUGGUCGGUUGCUACAACAAGACGUACAUGCCGUCCGCCGAGCGAGACCGCAUCAUGCUGGCCAGCGCCAAGCGCAAUCUAGCCGCCAUGUCCUACUUCGGGUUGACCGAGUACCAAAAGAUCUCACAGUACAUAUUCGAGGAGACGUUUAACCUGCGGUUCGCGAUUCCGUUCGAGCAGCACAACACCACCGUAUCGACGGUGACGAUGAACAGUCUGACACCGACCCAACGUGGCCGCAUCGACCACCUGAACGCGCUCGACCUCGAGCUGUACGCGUUCGCGAAGAAGCUAAUGUUCCAAAGAUUCGAGCGACUCAAAGCCAAAGAUAACGAUUUCGAGGUACGAUUUGCGCACCUGGGCAACCUAGGCGUGCGGAACGGCGUGACAGAGUUCAACUGGGACAGCAACAUCGACGACAUGCCAAGCAACGAGCAUCACUGA